AUGGGUUGGAGAGGUGCCUUGGAGUGUGGGGCGGGGUAUCUCUCCCUCUCACAUCCCCUCUACCCGUCCUCCCUCCCGUCCACCUCCCCUCCUCACCUGGGGACGGCCUUCAGUCGCGUAGAUGGCAUCACAUCAAGCUGCCUAUCAGAGCUGCAUGGGUGGUCAAGUGGGGUACCUUUCCCGCUCACCUCCCUCUCACUUCCCCUCUACCCAUACUCCUCCCCGUCCACCUUCCCUCCUCACCAGUGGACGGCCUUCACUCUAGAAGCUGCAUCCCAUCAAGUGGACGGCCUUCACUCCAGAAGCGGCAUCCCAUCAGACAGUCUAUCGGAGCUGCAUGGGUGGUGGAGUGGGGUACCUUUCCCGCUCACCUCCCUCUCACUUCCCAUCUACCCAUACUCCCUCCCGUCCACCUUCCCCCCAACAGUAGACGGCCUUCAUUCUCGGAGUGGCAUCCCCUCUCACCGGCUAUCUGAGCUGCAUGGAUCGGUGUACCGGGAGAGUUGCCUGCACUUCGGGGAGAGGAUAGACGAUGAGGAGCUGAGGACGGCGAGAGAAGCAAGCAUGGGCGCACACGUGGCGCUCUGCCUUGGGUCCUCCUUCAAGGUCCGUCUGAGUGGUGGCGGUCCCUUCAAGGUCCGUGACUAA